AUGAAGGACAAGGCCAGCAGCUUUGACGAGCUUUUCGCCAGUGCCGCCAGCUACGAGGCCGCUAAGGCCUUGGGCGAGCGCGACGACAAGCCUAGCCGCGAGAAGGCUAAGGAGUUCAUGGCCGCAUGGGCGGGUGCCUUCAUUGACCGUCAGGUCGAGGUCCAGGGUAAUGACUGGGUGGACAAGGAGAAAAUUAAGGACCAGGCUCGCCAGAACAUUGAGAACGGUGGUGAGGACUGGUAA